AUGUAUGUUGCUACAGCGGAACGGACAGGCCGUCUGUCCGUGUGCCGUGGCUGCGAUGUGGUCAUCAACGACCAAUACAUCCUACGCGUGGCGCCGGACAUGGAGUGGCACGCCGCGUGUCUCAAGUGUGCCGACUGUCACAUGUUCCUGGACGAGUAUUGCACCUGCUUCGUCAGGGAGGGUCGUACCUACUGCAAGCGUGACUAUGUUAGACUGUUCGGUGCCAAGUGCGACAAGUGUGUGCAGAUGUUCGAUCGGAAAGAUCUCGUGAUGAGGGCGCGAUCUAAAAUAUAUCACCUCGACUGUUUCAGAUGCGUGGCGUGCGGAAAACAACUGCUCCCCGGCGACGAGUUCGCGUUACGAGACGAUGGCUUGUACUGCAAACAAGACUUCGACGCCAUCGAGAAGAAAGCUAAUGCCGAGAACAACAACACCACCAACAUCAACCACAAUGAAGUCAAAGCAACGGAGAGUAAACCGCUGCGCAAGGAGAGACGAGAGGGCAAGACAACGAGGGUAAGGACCGUGCUGAACGAGAAGCAGCUUCAGACCCUCAGAGUCUGGUACCAGAACAAGCGCUUCAAGGACAAGAGGCGAGCUAGGAUAGAGCAGCAGAGGGCUCUGAGACCGCAGACCCCAUCCCAAAACACGACAACGCCCUUUGUCAACCACGAACACCUCUGCGCUCGCCUUACUCUGCAGGAGAAACAGAUGGUACUGCAAGGUUUAUCAGGAGUGCCUAUGGUCGCUUCUUCCCCCCAGCGACACGACGGAGGCCCUCUUGCAGGAGUGUCAGGCCCUGUUGAUGUUACAGGGUAUCACCCGCCAUGGAAAGCACUCACGGAGUUCGCUCAUGCUCAUGACCCCGACAGAAUUGAUCCUUUGAUACACCAGCAGUAUCAACAACUCAUGUCGCAGAUGCACGGUUUUGGUACGGAGAUGAUCCCAGCUUCUGAGAUACUGUGCCAGCCGAGCCAUCCCCUGGUAACCCACUUGCACCCCCAACAACCUCCCCAACCUCCGUUGCAUGAUGCUGGCACGAGCAUAACUUCAACUUGUUAUCUGUCAUGUAGACUAUGA